CCGCUUGGCUCAUGUGAGGGCUGAUGGACCGGGAAAAAACGAUUCACGGGAUGGGCUUGCUCUGCGAUGCGCUCCGGUGAUUGGAGAUUGGGAGUUUGACAAGCUUGUUAAUUCCGCCCAUCAACACGACGCACCUCCUCUCUGUCACACGAGCAUGGCUGAAAACUACAAGCGUGGAUGUUCAGAGAGAGAAAAGUUUGGAAAGUUGUGCAGAUAAGCUGUUUCUCAUCUCGAACCCGCAGAAUAUACAGUGAGUAUCUAUUCAUUACUUAAAUGGCGGAGGAACUUCUACUGGAAAACCAAGCAAAGAUCAGCACGAGCCUCAGGCCCUCAAUGGCAAAGGAUCUGUCCUCUUCAGAUUAGAGGAGACAGGAGACUGCUGCCUGAGGAUUUCAAAGCACACAGACUCAGGAACACUUCAGCACCUUACGAAGUCUCUGCUGGCGGCGGCUUUUCUGGCUUCAUUCGGCAGCUCCAUGCUCUAUGGCUACAAUUUGGCAGUCGUCAACUCUCCUGCACUGUACAUUAAAAACUUCUACAAUGAGACUCUGUCAGAAAAUUACAACUGGACUCCAGAUGAGGAACUCCUCACCGUCUUGUACUCCCUCACUGUGUCGAUCUUUGCCAUUGGAGGGAUGUUCGGGUCCCUGUUGGUUGGCAGACUUGUCACCAAAUAUGGAAGGAAAGGGACCCUGGUGAGAACCACUGUGCUGGUGUUUAUAGGAGGAGCUCUCAUGGGCUUCAGCAGAGCCUGCAGAAUGCCUGUGAUGGUCGUCAUUGGACGCUUCAUUACAGGAAUACACUCAGGUAUCUCUCUCAGUGUGGUGCCGAUGUACCUCGGUGAGAUCGCUCCCAAGAACCUGCGAGGCUUUCUGGGCCUUGUUCCCAGCAUUCACAUUUGUCUCGGUGUCUUCAGCGCUCAGGUCCUGGGACUUUCUGAACUGCUGGGAAAGGAAGAGCACUGGCCUUUGCUCCUGUCCCUGGUGGUGUUUCCCACCAUGAUCCAGCUGGUGCUGUUGCCAUGGUUUCCAGAGAGUCCGCGGUACUUGUUAAUAGAGAAGGGAAAUGUUCACGCAACCAUCGCAGCCCUGAAGUGGUACCGCACUAAAGGAGACAUCCAGGCGGAGGUUGAGGAGAUGCAGGAGGAACAGCGCUCUUUGUCCUCCAUCCAGACCAUCUCGAUCUGCGGAUUGCUCACGGACCGCUGUGUGCGCUGGCAGGUCAUCACAAUCGCGGUGGUCAACAUUGGCAUGCAGCUGUCCGGAAUUGAUGCAAUCUGGUUCUACACAAAUGACAUAUUUAAGAAUGCAGGAAUCCCACAACCGUACAUUCAGUACACCACAGUGGGAACUGGUGCCAUUGAGGUCAUCUCUGGGAUGCUUGGGUGUUUUACUAUCGAGCGUCUGGGCAGAAGACCUCUGAUGAUUGGUGGCUUCUUCUUCAUGGGAGUGUGUUGUGUUGGGAUCACAGUGUCUGUCCUUUUCCAGGCACAGCUGUCCUUCCUGCGUUACAUCAGCGUGGGCUGUGUUGUUGGGAUUAUUGCUGGCUUCUGCAUAGGUCCAGCUGGUGUGCCUUUCCUGAUCACCGCGGAGCUCUUCAAGCAGUCUCACCGACCGGCUGCCUACACUGUGGCCGGUUGCCUCAACUGGCUGUCCAACUUCACCAUCGGCUUCGUUUUUCCCUUCUUGGAGAUCGCGACAGGUCCUUACUGUUACCUGAUCUUCUGUACAAUCUGCUUCGGAGUGGCCGUCUACACCUUCUUCAUUAUUCCUGAGACCAAGAACAAAACCUUUAUGGAGAUCAGCCAAAUGUUUGCUGCCAAGAACAGCGUCCUCAAAGAAGAGCUAACACCUAAAGGUCACCUCAAAAUGACUAUGAUGAACGGCUAUGGAACUCUUGACCAAGUAAAAUAAGGAGGGAGCAUUUAGAUCCCCAUGUACACAAUGGUUUCCUCUCUCGGUCUAAAGUAGCCGUAGCAAAGAUAAAAGGAGGAACCUCUGUGGACUCGAGGAGAUCUUCGACUCCAUGUGAAAACUAUUAAGAUCGAUCCUUGCCGACAAUCCUACGCACAACGAGAAAAAUAUGUUUGUCUCAUGGGACAGUUGACACUUUCUACAUGCACGAUUGCUGUUUUAACGGUUCCAUCAAAGUAUAGCUCCUGUACGUUAUGUAAGACAGAGUUCACACGGUCAUGCAUUUCACAUCAACCAUCAGUGACGUUUUAAUCCCUUUCUCGGUAUCUUAAAGCAUUUUAUGCGAACUGGGUUGGUUUCUCACAGUGCUCUUAUGUUUUAAUCUCCGCAUUACCUUCACUUCUUUUUGAACAUUCCCCACAAUCGCUUUAUUGUUCAUAUUCAGUGCUGACUGCCAUUCUUUUGUUUGUUCUUCUUGACCAACUUAAGCUUGUGUUUGUUUUGUCUCAUUUAUCUUUCAUUCUCUUUGUUUCUCUUUUUACGCAAGAGAGCUGGAUAUCGUGGCUACUGUAGUAGUCAUUUCAUACAAAACUGUCCAAAUAUGAAUAUGCCCAUGUAUGUAGCUUGUUAAAGAGUUAUAUUUUAUCAAUAUAUCACAUCAGAAUAGCUGUACAAGCUUAUUGAGUCAUUUUUUUAAACUAUCCUGUGUUUUGCAGUGUCUGUGGUGGAGUCAGAGACAAUGUGAGAUAUAAAAUAAAGUGAAAUCUGUUC